GUGCAAGUUUUUGGACGCCACGCUCACAGUCAGGCUGGCGCUGCAGUGGGCUGCACUGCAUUUGGCGGGAGGGGUGCAUCAUGCCAAUGGCGGAUCUUCUCAGACCUGUGUGACGUUGUUGAGCACGGUGAUUAGCUUCGAGCUGGCAUUGGGUUUUUGCUUCCUCGAAUGCUGAACUGCGCAUGGUUGACAAGCAGGUGUACGCGUAUCUUAUAGGUUGUGUGUGGGAAGCUUCUAGGCACAAUGGGGGCUGGCAGAAAGACGCAGACCACAACAUAUGAUUCAGCAAAUCGCCAAGGGGGCCGGGGCCCUCCUCCGCAGUACAAGAAGCUGGACAAAGAUGAGCUGGGAGGGGUCAUCUUUGGGGCGACGAAGGACACCAUCAAUGAGUGCCUGACAAAAAACAUCUUCGGGCUGCCGUACAACCACAUCAGCUAUGUCCAGAACAUUGUUCCCGGCAUGCCCCUCUUCCUCUUCAAUUAUUCUGACCGCAAGCUGCACGGCAUCUUUGAGGCCACCUCUGAGGGGGAGCUGCACAUCGACCCCAACGCCUGGAGCCGGGAUGGCAAGACCGAGACGAGCUAUCCUGCGCAGGUGCGCGUGAGGUACCGGGAGAAGUCUCAGCCGCUGCAUGAGGCCGUCUUUGGCCCCGUCAUCGAGGAGAACUACUACAGCAACGUGCACUUCAUGUUCGAGCUCACGCAGGACCAGGCCGCCACCCUCUGCUCCCUCUUCACCGCGCGCAACCCCUCCCGCCCCGCCACCGCGCCCGUCCCCCAGCAAACCGUUGCCUCCGGCCACGCCGCCGCCUGGGCCGGCGCUUCCGGCCAGGGCGACAGCGCCUGGGGAACCGGGCCCCCCGCGAACGCCUGGGGCGCAGCGCCCCCGCCCAGCCGACCUGACACAGCAUCGUCAUCCAAGCCCCCCCUGCCGGCGUGGCAAAGCGGGCCGGCGGGGCCGUCGAGCAACGGGGGGAGCAGCGCAUCAACGUCGAGCGGGCUGCCAGCCGACGGGGGCGCUGCAGCGGAAGCGGAACGGCGGCGGCAGCAGAGCGAGCGGGACCGGGAGGCGGCGCGGGUGAGGGAGGAGGAGGCGCGGGCGGCGGCGGAACGGCAGGCGCGGGCGGAGGCGAAGAUGCGGGCGGCAGCGGCGGAGGAAGAAGAGCGUCGGAGGCUGGAGGAGGCCGCGGUCGAGCGGCGCCGGGCCGAGGAGCGCGCGGAGCGGGAGCGCCAGGUCCUGGAGAAGCUCAAGAAGGUCAGUGUGAACGGGCCCUCGGCGAACGGCGCCUCCGAGCCGAGCUCUUCGAGCGGUGUGAACGGACCGAAGAGCGCGGAAUGGGAGCGCGAGGCGAAUGCGCGCGCGGAAACGGAGCAGGCACAGCUGAAGGAGGAGCGCAUGCGGCUGUUCGACGGGAGCCGGCCGCUCGAGGUGGCGGUCAAGGAGACGGUGCAGAAGAACCUGGAGCUGUGCGCGGCGGCCAUCAGUCAUAUGCGGCAGGAGGCGCUGAAGAGCAAGAAGCUGGCGGAGGAGAUGACGUCAGGUGACGCGCAGAUGCAAGAGCUGAAGGAGGUCCGAGCGGAGAACCAGCGGUUGGCGCGGUCGCAGACGGUCAUGCAGCGGCGAAUGGACGAGCUCCAGGCGCAGAUGGACACCCUGCGGCAGAGCGUCGUGGACCUCCUCUCCGGCGGCCACGUGGCAGGCAGCCCCGCGCCGUCCCCCGUGCGCCCGCGCCCGCAGGAGGUGUAUCUCAUGGGCGGUUUCAACGGCACGGAGUGGUUGGGUUCGGUGGACCGUUACCGGCCGUCCCGGGACGAGUGGGAGGUGGUCGCGCCGAUGUCCGCGAAGCGCUCGUACGCGGCGUCGGCGGUGCUCGACGGGAUGGUGUACGUGUUCGGAGGCGGGGAGGGCCAGCUGUGGUACGACACGGUUGAACGGUACGACCGUGCCAGCAACUCGUGGGCGACCCUCUCGAAGAUGAAGAUCAAGCGGGGCAGCCUUGGGGGCGCCGCCGUGCAGGGCAAGAUCUACGCUGUCGGGGGGGGCAACGGUGUCAACAACUUUGCUGACGUGGAAAUGUACGACCCCGGCGCUGACAAGUGGCUCUCCGCGCCCCCCAUGCUCGACAAGCGCUUCUGUGUGGCGGCCGCGGAGAUGCACAACUCGCUGUACGCGCUCGGAGGCUUCGACGGGCAGCAAUACCUCCCGACCAUGGAGCGGUUCGAUCCUCGCGAGGGCUACUGGGUGCGCGCUCCGUCCAUGUCGACCAAGCGGGGGAGCCUGUCCGCUGCAGUGUACAACAACAGCCUGUUCGCCUUGGGAGGCUUCGACGGGAACGUGUUCUUGAAUACUGUGGAGACGUACGAGCCGCGCAUGAACAAGUGGAAGCUGGUCCCUCCUAUGCACACGCAGCGUGCCUACGGCGCGUCGAUGGUCGUCGACAACGCGCUCUACUUCAUCGGCGGCCUCGACGGAGCACUGCACGUGGAUUCGGUGGAGCGGUAUACGCCCGAGGCGGGGUGGCAAGUUGUGAAGACGCGGAGCAACUCCAGCAAACGAAGCUUCCUGGCCGUCGCCGUCUUGUAGACCGUUGCUAGAGCUCUCUGAUACAUGUUCGAACGCGCUGUUCGGGAAUGGUGUAUGAGUCCAAAGAUACGAAGAAUAUCUCUUGUAACUCGUCCACGUAGGUAGGGUGUUUCUGGAACAGAGCUGCUUUGCGCUAAAGUGGCACCGCCUUGUUGAACCCGAAACUCCACCUGGUGUUUGUGCGUGUAGAUGCCGGAUGUUGAAUGCACGAGAAUGAUCAUUGUGUCUGUG